GGGGUCCUGACGGGUCCUUCAGCCCUGAGCUGCUCCUCCAGUCUCCUUCCGUUAGCCGACAACCGGUUACAGAAAACCGACAAAUUCACCGUAAAUCCUGCUCAAACGGACCGGGUCCCGGGAGUUAUGAUGGGCGGGAGGACCAGCGCGUUGGCCGCGGGGGUGUGCGGGGCUCUGUUCGUCGGUUACUGCAUUUAUUUCGACAGAAAACGGCGGAGUGACCCCAACUUUAAGAACAGGCUGCGGGAACGGAGGAGAAAGCAAAAGGUAGCCAAAGACAGGGCCGGCAUCGCAAAGCUCCCCGACCUGAAGGACGCAGAGGCCGUGCAGAAGUUCUUCCUGGAGGAGAUCCAGCUCGGGGAGGAGCUGCUGGCUCAGGGAGACUAUGAGAAAGGUGUGGACCACCUGACCAACGCCAUCGCGGUGUGCGGUCAGCCCCAGCAGCUGCUGCAGGUGCUGCAACAGACUCUGCCUCCGCCCGUCUUCCAGAUGCUGCUCACCAAACUGCCCACCAUCAGCCAGCGUAUUGUGAGUGCACAGAGUCUGAGCGAGGACGAUAUAGAGUAAGGCGAGGGAUCGACAGGAACAACCCGCCCUCCUCCUCCUUCCAUUCUGACCUGCCAACACCUCGGCCUCCAUCACUCCGGCCGACGUCUCUCGCUCCCCCCAUCAAGGCGUCCUAAAGGAAAUUCAUUUUGUAUUCCUGGUUUACCUGCGACAGUAGCGUUUGUUUUUUUACUAAAUGACCCGUAUUAAACGAUCAUUAACCUUAGAGAGCAAAGCGAGCGCCCGCCCCCGCUCCUCCAUCGUUAAAUGUGUGAUAACAGGACAUCGGCUUGUUCUUCUUUCAAGGCGGCGUGGGCGCACAUCCUGCCCGCUUCACGCUUCAGGUUUACAGUCUGACGUGUUUGUUUAUGAUAUCAGAAGGUUACAGGAACAGGAGGCCGCAGAGUAUUUAUUGUUUUGUAAUCGGUCGUCUUUCUGUUUUCGGUUCUCGACCUCGAAACACUUUUUAAAAAGUGAUGAAAUGUUCUGUUCAUCUUAAAGAGGAAAGAAAAAAUAAAAUCAAUAAAAAGUGAACAAA